AUAUCCUUUGCACAACCUGCCAAAUCCGUCAAAAUGGCGUUCUGUUUGAUGCUCGGAACGCAUACGUUCGACUCACUUCUAUCCGGCUAUGAGAACAUCACGGUGCAAUGUCAGAAUUGCGGAAACUUCUCCGGGAAGUUGACGAAGCGAUGGGAAUGGUUCACCGUCUGCUUCGUCCCCCUCAUCCCCUUCUCCUUCAAACCCUACCAUGACGUCUCCUGCCACAUCUGCCACUUCCACCAAGACAUCGGGCAACGACCGGACGUCCAGCAACAGAUGAACAACCCGGGCUCUGCCCCGCAGCAGCAGCAUAUCCCGAUGCAGAACGGUCCGCCGCAGGGAUGGGGUGGACAGCAGAAGGUGCAACAUCCGUAUUACAAGUAGAAGAGGAAAGGAGGAGGAGGAGAGAGGAAGACAAGUCGCGAGGACGAGGCGGGCUGCUUACUUUUGUUAAUGGGCUGGGAGGGAAAGGCGCAUUUGCUUUCUUUGACAGAUUGAACGAAGAGAUAUCCUCGACAAAUACUUGGAGUUUUCUUCUAAUGAAAAGACAUGAUCACAAACAUUCCGAGGCGUCUCCAGCUCCGUCGAUAUCAUCGAAUACCUGACAAACGGGAAACGGCAUGCAGUUGAAGAACAUGAUGUGAAAGCUAGAAACACACGGCACUGGACGAUCCCAGGACCAGGAAACUUUGUUUCUCUGACGCUUGAAGGAAGGAUGUUCACUCGUCUUCGGAAAAGAGAAGAGGAACGGCGGUAGUAGUAAAACAUCAUUUGGCGACAGAAGCGGAAGCCGAAAAAACGAAAUCUCAGACAAAUGCC